CUCUGUCUCAAAAAAAAAAGGGGGGGCCCUUUCCUGUUGGGGGGGCCCUUUCCUGUUAGGGGAGAGCUGUGCGAGGUGAAGGUCUUGGACGCAGUUUCUUGUUUUAAUCAUAUAGACAAAACAGCCCUGCUGCAAAGAUGGUCAAUGUACCUAAAACCCGAAGCGCCUUCUGUAAAAUGUGUGGUAAGCAUCAGCCUCACAAAGUGACACAGUAUAGGAAGGGCAAGGAUUCCUUGUAUGCCCAGGGAAAGAGGCGCUGUGAUCGGAAGGAGAGUGGCUAUGGUGGACAGACAAAGUCAAUUUUCCAGAAGAAGGCUAAGACCACAAAGAAGAUUGUGCUAAGGCUGGAAUGUGUUGAGCCUACCUGCAGAUCCAAGAGGAUGCUGGCCAUUAAGAGAUGCUAGCAUUUUGAACUGGAAGGAGAUAAGAGAAAGGGCCAAGUGAUCCAGUUCUAAACUUUGGGAAAUUUUUCUUUUAAUUUGAAGAGAAAAUGUUGAAGCCAUAGAAAAAUUACCUGUAGGAAAAUAAAUACAGUGAUAUUCUUUUUAAAAAAAAAUGAGGAUAACCAUUAACCACAUCAUGGGAUAAUCAGGCAGAUCAACUGACUGUGAAUAUGAAGAACCCAGUGCAGAAUGGGCACAGCAAUGCCCAGUGCUUCUAGAGAAAGGAAGCCUAAGGGGUGGGGAAGGUUCCCAACUGGGCCGUGCAGCCUGGAGUACACAUGUGUGUUGGGGACUAUCUGGCCUGGAAUAACCAAGAGAGCCCCCCAGAGUAUAGGCCUGCCUGGGGCAUUCACUGUCCCUCCCAGCCACCCCAAGCCUGAAGGCUUCACCCCUCCUACCCCUCCCCGUUGCCUUUCCAACCCUCCUACCCACCCCCAAUGCCUGUGGACAAGUCUAGGGCUGUUGACUGGGAUCCCAAUGCCAUGCCCCAAAUGGAGACUUCCUGGCCCGGCAGGACUCACAGGAACUUAGAGGACCAAGGAGAAAAAACUGUUGCACUCAUGCACACAUGCACAUGUGAGCACAUGCGUGCACACACACAGAGGGACACAGAACCAGCCAGGCACAC